ACAUGCCUGACAGGAAGCCUCCCGGUGAUUGGCUGCGGCCGGGGUAUAAAAUCGCGUCACUUCCUCUGCUCGGCCUCUUUAUUUUCGUGUGGUGCGGAUCUCCAUACGGCGUUGUCUCGUGCUAUCCUGUCGUUGCUUGUCCAGGGAAAGCGUUCACGAUGUCCGGAGGUCUCGAUGCUCUGCAGAUGAAGGAGGAGGAUGUCCUCAAGUUCCUCGCUGCUUCCACUCACCUUGGAGGAACCAACCUGGACUUCCAGAUGGAGCAGUACGUGUACAAGAGGAAGAGUGACGGUGUCUACAUCAUCAACCUGAAGAAGACCUGGGAGAAGCUGCUGCUGGCGGCCCGCGCCAUCGUGGCCAUCGAAAACCCAGCCGACGUGUGUGUCAUCUCCUCCAGGAACACUGGGCAGAGAGCUGUGCUGAAGUUUGCUUCGGCCUCCGGAGCCACGACAUUCGCUGGCCGCUUCACCCCUGGGACCUUCACCAAUCAGAUCCAAGCAGCCUUCCGCGAGCCCCGCCUCCUGAUCGUGACGGACCCGCGAGCCGACCACCAGCCGCUGACCGAGGCUUCGUACGUGAACAUCCCCACGAUCGCGCUGUGCAACACGGACUCCCCUCUGAGAUACGUGGACAUCGCGAUCCCGUGCAACAACAAGGGUCACCACUCUGUGGGGUUGAUGUGGUGGAUGUUGACUCGCGAGGUGCUCAGGAUGAGAGGCACCAUCUCCAGGGAUCACCCCUGGGAGGUCAUGCCUGAUCUCUACUUCUACAGAGACCCAGAGGAGAUUGAGAAGGAGGAGCAGGCUGCCGCUGAGAAGGCCGUUGGGAAGGAGGAGUUCCAGGGAGAAUGGACCGCCCCCGUCGCUGACUUCGUGCAGCCCGAGGUUGCCGAUUGGUCGGAGGGAGUUCCGGUGCCCUCGGUGCCUAUCCAGCAGUUCCCGCCCGCAGCCCCAGCUAAAGGAGCUCCAGCCGCAGCUCCAGAGACCUUCGCAGAGGAUUGGAGUGCUCAGCCCGCCACGGAGGAUUGGUCGGCUGCUCCCACUGCCCAGGCUUCCGAAUGGGGCGGGACCACUGCCGAUUGGUCCUAAAUGUGCAGCAGCUACAGCAGGACGGUUCUGACCUGAGGAAUCAAUAAAUACAGCUGUUUAUUAUAUAAA